AUGGCUCCCACCAUCUUCCAAUCCGUUCUUGUCGGCUUGGCCACAGGCAUCUUGGCUCCCGUCCUUGCGGCGGAUCCUAUCGUUACACUCCCCGAUACCAAUAUCGCGUACCGUGGCACCACCACCUCUGCGGACAGCAUUGAGCACUUCCUCAACAUUAGAUUUGCCCACGAUACCUCCGGCCCACGCAGAUUUGCCCCGCCAGAGCUUUACACACCUCCUUCAAACUCCGUGAUCGAUGCCACGGUUCCUGGCCCAGCAUGCCCCCAAUCCAAGCCCGGCCUUCCUCCGUUCUUUGUCGACACCCCGAAUAUCAGCGAAGACUGCCUCAACCUGCGGAUAUCUCGUCCGGCUGGGACGACUCCAAGUGAUAAGCUUCCCGUCGUAGUCCACAUUCAUGGAGGCGGCGUAGUCAAAGGAUCAGCGUACGAUCCGCACUUUGACCCAGACAACCUUCUCAGCCUUUCCAGCGAGCUCGGUCAACCCAUCAUCUACGUCGCGUUGAACUACCGGCUCACCAUCUUUGGUUUCCCCCGCUUGCCGAUCCUCAAGGAUCAAAACUCACUCAACCUCGGCCUCCGCGAUCAGCGCGCUGGGCUGGAAUGGGUGCGCGACAACAUUGCCGCCUUUGGCGGUGAUCCGGAGAGAGUUACUGCCUUCGGCUUGAGCUCCGGCGGUACAUUUUCCUCCAUACAUUUGGUGUCGUAUGCCGGCGAAAGGGGCGUGCCAUUCACGCGGGCAUGGAUGAUGUCUGGUCCCCCGGGAACGGCGUUGAAUAUGUCAAGCGAGGUGACAGAGGCGCAUACGAGGGCUGUUGCGGAAGAGGUUGGCUGUGGCGGAGAGGAGAAGGGUGACCAGGAGGUGCUAGACUGCUUGAGGGCGGUGCCAUUUGAGGAGCUAACGGAAAAGGCGAUGGCAUAUUCCGUGCAGAAUCAUCCUCCGGCAGGCUUGUUUACGUUCAUCCCGUCGGUGGAUGGAGACUUUUUGCCUGAGAGACAAUCGGUUUUGUAUCGCUCAGGAAGAUUCGUCAAAGACGUCCCCCUUGUUCUUGCCUGGGCCGAAGCCGACGGCGACCUCAACGCCGGCCCAGCUCCGCUUUACCAGGCUGAAGCUGACAUCCGCACAGCCAUUCAGACGUCAUUUGCCCACGCUAUCACUGAUGCCGACUACGAAACCCUCUUUUCCCUCUACCCUGUUUCCGACUUUGAAGUGGACGUCAACUCCUACGAUGCUCGCCGCAAUGAAAACGACCCCGUUGUCUCGGUGCAUUACUUCCGCGCAUCACGGAUCCUGCGCGACCUGUUGUUUACUUGCUCUAGCAUUGACUUCGCGCGGGCUUCUACGUACUACACUCGCUUAGAUGGCCAUGACAGCAAUGUACGGCUGUACGCCCUUAACCAGAGUGUCUUGACAUCACUGUUCCGCGGGGCGGGUAUGCCAUACGUCGGAAAUGCAGUGCACGGGAGUGAUACCCCGUACUUGUUCAACGGAGUAUAUCCGGAGGGCGAGAUUUCGGAGGAGGAUAAGGCUCUAAGCAGGCAAUUUGCGGGGGCCUUUGUGAGAUUUGCGCAUGGGGGGAAUCCGGAAGGGGAGCGUAAGGGCGAAGCAUUUGAUGCUUGGCCUGAGGCAUUCACAAAGUCACCGACGGAGGGAGAGGUGGUCGGACAGGAGAAGGAUGAGAGUGUGCGCUUCCUGGUUGUGGGUGGGCCAUUCGGAACACGGAGUUACAAGGUGAACGCGGAGAGCGAGGACCAAGGUGAGCAGGGAGAGGGAGAUGGAUUGGAAGGUUUGCAGAUCCCGAUUACUGAUGAUGGAGUAGAGUAUGGGGAGAUGGGGAGCAAGGAGGCUGGGGAGGGGGAAAAGGUAUUGGAGGCUGAGAAACUGAUUGAGCGGUGUCGGUUCAUUAACUCGUUGUCGGAGAAGUUGGGGAAUUAA